AUGGACGCGCGACAGGCAGUGAUUCACGCAUUUGAGCGCAUUUCGUCACAGGACCCUGCGCAGAUAGCGGCUGCGGAGGAGGAUCUGAACAACUGGGAGUCUCAGGAGAAUUUCCAUGCCACUUUGUUUGACGUUUUUGCUGACAGGUCGCUUCCUACGCAGGUGCGCUGGCAGGCGGUUAUCAAGCUGAAGAAUGGCAUUAACAAGUACUGGCGCAAGACACCCGUGAGGCCCAUCCAGCUCUCCGAGAAGCAGCUCAUCCAGCCUCGACUGCUGUCAUUCUUUGACGAGGAGGUGCCUCAGAUCGCAAUUCAGUACUGCGUCACGCUCUCGCGGAUCUCGCGGUGGGACUACCCGCGGGUGUGGCCCGAGUUUGCCGACGAGCUGCUUUCACACGUCCGACAAAUAGCCAGCGAGCCCAAGUCACGGAUGCGCCAUAUCAAAGAGCAGAAUGUACUUUACACGCUGCACUUGUUCAUCAAGACGUUAUGUGCCCGGAUGCUGAUGAAGGAGCGCGAGGCACUGCGGCAGUUGACACCGGGUGUUGUUGCCCUGGUGGCAUCAAUCUAUGCGCAGCGGAUCAGCGAGUUCACUAACGCACUGCAGUCAGGGGAUGCCGAGGAGAGCACAGCUAUCCUAAAAGAGAUCAGACUAUGCAUCAAGAUACUGCGCAGGCUCUUUGUGCGCGGAUACGAGAAGCCAGCAGAGACCGACAGGACGGCAAUCGACUUCUACCUUGCGUCGCUGACGCACCUGGCAGCGUUUUACGAUCUGCUCAAAGGGCUGCCUGCGGAGAAGCGCGAGUCAGACGAGACGCUGAUUCUGCGCAAAAUCAUUCUGCUGUAUGGCAAGUUGUACCUAGACUUCCAAAAGAGCCACGCGGUAGCGUUUAUCACGAUGAACGGCGUCAAGGACAUCUUGUGCUGGUACUGGACGCAGGUUGUGUCCGAGGCACCAAAGCUUGCCAUCAAUGGCAACGACCUUUAUGCUGAGCCGGAUGUGGUGCUCGAGAAGGUACUGGUCCAAGGCCUGAUCCUGCACAAUGAGGUGGUCAAGAAUUUUUUCUACAACUAUGAGGAAAAUGGCCCAGAGGACAAAGACGCAAAGCGCUGUCGUCAGAUCAUCGAUGGAGAGAUCCUUGCGCCCGAGGUUGUGCAGCAGAUGGCCCAGACGCUAAUGACAUACUAUCUCCCGCUCAAAAGCCGCGACCUGCUGGAAUGGCAGGACGAUCCUGAGGCCUGGACGAACGACGAGCAGUCGGAUCACUGGGAAUUUGACAUACGCCGCUGCGCCGAGCAUCUAUUUGUUAAUCUGGUGAGCCAGAACAAGAGCCUGCUGAUUGAGCCUCUGGUGCAGGCCCUGCGUGCGAUCGAGACCGAGCAGAUCACCUUGAGCAACCUUGUCCGCUGCGAAGGACUGUAUGCUGCGCUUGGACUCUGCGCAAAAGACCUGUACGAGGCAUUCGACUUUUGCGAUUGGCUCGAGCACCGGCAGUCGCUUGACUCGCCGCUGGGCAUGAUAAAGUGGCGCGUUGCCUGGCUGGUCGGCAAGUGGAUCGACGUGAAAUUCCCCGAUGAGCGCCGCAACAUCGCAUACGCAGCGCUCCUGGGACUAACGGGGCGCAGUGAGCCGCUGGUUGUGCGGAUGGCAGCGACGUCGAGCCUGGCGCUGUGCGUUGACGACUGGGAUUUUAAUCCGGCUGGGUUUGCGCCGUUCCUGGACCAGACUAUAGUGCAAAUAACUGAAGUUCUGAGCGAUGUCACUAUGCCAGAGAGCCGCAUGCGCCUUGUCAAUCUACUGGGCAUCAUUGUGAGCAGAAUGCAGCGACAGAUUGUUCCGUUUGCAGAGGCCAUUGUGCGGCUGCUGCCACCACUGUGGCAAAGUGCAGCAGGCGAGAAUUUGUAUCAGACCUCGAUUCUCGACCUCAUUACCAAGCUCGUCGAUGCAUUGGGGUCGCAGUCUGCGGCGCUGCACGACCUCAUUGUGCCACUGGUUAAGCACAGUAUAAACCUGAGUGACCCGGCACACAUCUACCUGAUUGAAGACGGAAUGUACCUGUGGCUGGCGCUGGUGCGCAAUACGCAGGAGCUGGUGGCCAAUGGCACGCUUCUGAGCCUUCUGCCUCAUGCAGCUGGCCUUUUGCACCAAGAAACCGAAAUACUGAAGCAUGUCUUGAGGGUAAUUGAGGGCUACUUUUUGCUGGACGGGCCGACAUCAUUCCACACCAGCGGAUUGGCGAUCCUGGAGGGGCUAAGGGAGCUCGUGUCGGACACUGGGAUCAAUGACCGCGCGGUAGCUUCUGGGUACCAUGCUCUGAAUGUGAUUGUACAGUGCGUGCCAGUGGAGCUGUCUGGCAAGGCGCUCGUCGACUCAGGGCUGUUCUGGGAUGCAUUCUCGCAGGUGGUGGAUCAAAAGAAGGUUGCGUUGAUGCUGGUGUACCCAGCCUGCUUCUUGUCGCGACUGGCGGUGCAUUAUCCGACGUUCUUUGGCGAGUUUCUGGCUACGCAGGAUGCGGUCCUGCUAGGGCAGUUCACAGAGAACUGGGUGAAGUUGUACGAUGAUAUCGGUCAGGUGCCGCAGCGCCGGCUGCAUGUGUUGGCAAUGGGUGUCUCGAUCAUAACUACAAAUGAUGGCGUUCUGAAGCAUCUACCGAUGAUGGUGCCGCUAUGGAACGAGGUCAUGUCGGAUACAGGCAGCUCGAUGUACUUUGGAGACGUUGACGAUGAUAUGCCCGAUGACUACUAUGGCGGCAACGAUGAGAGCAUAGUGCCUGCGAACGAGCGGUCGAGGCGGCUGAGGGCGAAUGAUCCGGUGCACCGGCUGAACCUGAAGACGGCACUGAAGCAGAGCCUGGCAGAGUGUGAGCGGAUCAACGGGUCAGAGCGGUUUGCGCAGGUUAUCUCGCUUGUCGAGGCCGCCGAGCUGGAGGACCUCAAGAACCAGCUCGACAUGUGA